ACAACACGCAUGCGCACACCGCUGUAGUGAUACCUCUCUAUAUAGACGAUCUUUGUUGGAGGUAAAAUGGCUGAAGAGGCUCUGGCUGCUCUGGGCGUUGACGGAGCAGCGGCGGCUGCUAACGCUCUCUCUCUUCCUGCUGAAGCGUACGGAAAUGAUCCGCGGCUGGAGGUGAUGUGGGCGAUGAAGGCAUACAACCACGCUGAGGUUUACUUCAACCUCAUCUCCUCUGUCGACCCAAAGUUCCUGAAACUGACAAAACUCGAUGACAAAAUCUACUCGACCUUCAGAGAGUCUUUCAAAGAUCUGGACCUGAAGGUUCUGACGCACGACCAGCUUAAGUCCAGCAACGCCAAAGAGAGGUGGCGUCUGUUCUGCAACCAGUUCGAAGGCCUGGUGGAGGACUUUAACUUCGGCACUCUGCUGCGUCUGGACUGUGAGAAGGACUACGUGGAGGACAACACCGUCUUUGCCACCAGAAUCCAGUUCUUCGCCAUCGAGAUCGCCAGAAACAGAGAAGGCCUCAACAACACGGUGUACAUGUCCAACCGUUCCAAGAGCUCGUCUCCACAGAAACCAGCCAGAACCACUUCAGCUCCAGAGACGGCAGGCGGGACGAGUCAACGGAGGCCGGGUGGACGAAGGCAUGCAGCUGAGUACAAUCCAGAAAACAACAGAGGAGGAGUGCAGCAGCCCAGAGCCAGAACAACCAGAGUAGCAUGGUAUGUCUCUUAGAAAACAUCAUAGUAUAG